AAAAGCUGCUAUAAUUCAAAAGUUGUACUUUGGAAAUUUGUGUUUAUUAAAUAAAAGUUAAAAAAAAGUCAUUUUUAAGUUGCAGUCAUGAAGCUGGUGUGGUUCUCUAUCAUUAUUUAUGUUGCUUCUCAGUCAUCUGUCAACUGGAGUGGAUUCUUAUGGGUGUAGACUCCCUAGCAUAAUGGAAUGGCCAUGCUAAAGGAGAAUUAAUCAUUGAUAUUCACAGUAAUAUUUAGAAGAUUUAGUAAAUCAUAAUAUUCAAAUAUUAAAUGUAGAUUUAUAGAUUGAGUGUUUAGGAAUUACUUUUAAUAACUUCUGAAUAUGAUACUGGUAAAUUAAGAAACAUCUCUAACCUCAAAUUUUAACAACUAAAAUAAUGAUAUUUACAUAGCACUUUAAAAACACUGGUAUUUGGAAAUUAAUUUAUCCAUGUAUUUUUGGUAACUACUUUCCAGUGUCUUGAUUUAAAGAGUAAAGUGAUAAUGGUUUAAAAAAUGUGGUUUCAAAUCACUGGUUAUUUGCCAAAAUUAUUUUAGCAGAUCCUCACUGAUUAUCUAAAUUAUGCCUUGUUAUGAUUUGCUGCUUCUGAGGCCCAGAUUCUAUUAGAUUAGUGGGAGGUACUUUUGGAAUGUGUAAUGUACUUCAACAUUUUCUUUUUAUUUGGCUUAAUUAAUCUUAUAAUUAUUUUUAAAUAACUUACAUUAGCUGAUAAAUAUUUAGUUUAGGUAGUUGAGUGGUGUUUCUCUUAAUUCUCUUUAUAAAUGAGAGUUUAGUGUAUCUUCUAGCAUUUUAUACAGAGGAGAGAAAAUUUAAAAUGAUAAUGGAAGAUUGUUUCCCCUUCAGUGAUUUGAGAAUAUAAAUUGAAAGAUCAAAAAUAUUAUAAAAUAAAUGGGCAAACAUAAUCAUUAAAAUAAUUAUUAAGAAAAUAUAAUUAAGUUGAUUUUAAUAAAUCAUUAAGUGAGAGAGGAAUGUGCUUUUUUGUGUACCUGUGACACAUCAGCCUAUUGUUAUCCCAGGUCAGUAGAUAUGAAUACCACAUUUUGCUUAUGGCUAGUCAGCUAAUAAAUAAUAGGAGGGGAGGCGAGGGAGAUGUCAUAUUGAACUGAUACAAUUAGAGAAGCCAGUAACAAAUUUGGAAACAGAUAAAACUAAUGGAUAGUAUACUACUCACACAGUAUUAUAGAUGAUGGUUUUUAUGUAUAAAUAUUUCAGUUUUUGUAGAGGUGGUUCUUUUAUCUUUUGAGGGGUAAGAAAGGACAAUUUAUCUCUUUCUUGGAAUGUGAGGUCAGUUUCAUUGGGUUGCCUUAGGUUUCAUUCAGAAAAGGGAAUGAAUAAUAUCCAAAGUGAGUUAUGAUUUAGGCCCCAGCACACUGAUAAGAAAUUUAUCAGCUGCACAUGUGUGCUAAUGUUUGGAAUAAAAUACUACAUUCAUCUCUGUAUCUGCAUCUACUGUAUUUUCUCGUAGGCUUUAUUUUGUCUUUUCAAGUGUGACAUUGUGUUGUUUAACUUGAACAACAAAUUUACAGGGGAAUAUCUAACACCUCAUUGAGGUACAUGUGACACUGUAACCGUUUUACUCUAAUAUUGUUUUCAAACUCUUAAUUACUAAGUUUCCCAGAAAUGGUUUCUAAAGAGAACUUCAUAAAGUGGAUGGAUCAAUCUUCUUUAGGGGUGAUUAGUAUAAUAAAUGGAGAAUAAACGUGGAAUGUGUGCACUCGAAUUCAUCUAUCUAGUUUCCUAUUUCUUGAUGUGGAGUUUUUUGUUAAAUCCUUGUUAAAAUUCAGACAAGGCAAAUUGAGUUUCUAAGUCUAAGAUGUGUUAAAAGCUGAAGUUUUAUAUUGAUAAUAAGUUUUGCAUUUAGUCUGAAGUGGAAGAGCUUGCUAUGUCUUGCUCAGUUCUGGUCUGUGUAUUCAUUCUGCAACCCCAUGCUGGCAUUCUCUCUCCUUGUGUGGAGAGAAUGAUCACUGUCAGAAUGCUUAACACGAAAGAAGUCUUUGGAGCUACACUGAGUAGAAAAUUGCUACUGAGGUGUGUUUCAUUUUUCGGUGUUUGUAUUUUGCUGUGGCACAAUCAUUGACAAUAAUACAAGAGAUAUGUAAAACAGAUGAGAAAUACGAGUAUUGGGGAAUCUAAGAAGGCAUGGUCGGUCAUCUUUUGUUGUGUUUCAUUAAGCUUUAAUACGAGACAUUAGAACCUGUGUGUGAAUUAAUGAGAACCACUGGGGUGCUGAGGAUUCAGAGUCCAUAAAACUAAAGUCUCUUCCUCUGUGUAAGAGAAGCACCAUGUAUUAGGUCAGAAUUUCUUGAACUUACUCUUGACAAGAACACUGGAGCCUGUGAAUGAUGAUUGUUUUUGUUGUUACUAAGUGAUGCCGGUGACGGGAAAUAGUGGUUUCAAGUAUACAUUCAAUCAGCAACAAUGGCAGACCUGUUGAACAUGUUGUUUUCUAGCCUGGAAAAUUGUAUUUUCACAUUGUUCUUUGGAGUAUCUUCAUUGUAAAAUCACAACAUUUGUUGGGAUUUAGUGCUUAUGGUUUAGUGAGCCCAGAGUCAUAAGUUCUGUGUCUGGUUAUUGCUGUAUUGUAUGGUAGUAAUUCUAAAAAUUAUUUAUAAUAAAGGGGAGAACACUGGAGAAAAGAUCUGUCUGUUUAUAGCUCCUACUUUUACAAUAAGAGAACACUGUUGGGAGCUCUAGAGUAGUUUCAGUAGUUCAGUAGUUGAGAUAUUCCACCUUCUCCAUCCCCCAACAUCCUGUUUCAUCACAAAUAUUUAUCAUUUUAUUCAUCGGUUCUCCACCCACCUUGUGGGCUGUUGUGGUUGCUGUCACCCAGCCAAGAGGCUGGGGAAUGCCUAUCCACAAGCAGCACAGGGUGUCUGGCCGGGGUGCUCAGAAGGUCCUGAGUGUUGUGGCGUUGAAAUAGAGAGUAAACCUGUUCGCAUAGUUGCCAGAUUCAUCAGCAGCAGGCAUGCUGUUGCUAGUCAUAAUGAAAAUACACAGUCUGUGGUAAGAAAAAACUGAAGUGUACAGUAUUUUGAAGAUAGGAUUCUGAGGUGGUCUGGAAAUGUCAAGAAAAAAAAAAGAAGAAAAAUUACUAUCUAAAGAAAAUUAUUGUUUAAAGAAGCCCAUUUAUUUAAGUGAUUGAUUGAUAGUUUUCAAGAAGUUUGGUUUGCCUGAGAACUUAAUAUAAUAAUAAUUAACUGCUCACUUAAAGUAUUUGAUGAAAUACAAAAUACAGUGUGAUAUAUGAAGAACAGUAGCAUGACAAAGUAUACUAUGGCACACUCAACUUGUUGUAGAUGGGAUGGACAUCUUUUAAAAGUACUGGCUAGAAAUUUUGUAGUCUGGGGUUAUGAGUUUGGGGACAGAAAACCACAUAGGUGAGGUGCCUGUGUUGUUGCAUUCUGUUGGGGGACAUAUCACACUAACAUGUUUGGUGGCGUUAUCCUUGAUAGCUCGGGUAAGAUAGAAUCUGCUAGGUUUUUCCACUGGAAGUGCUACAUUUCGCUUUCUGGAUUCUAUUCUUUGUAAGUCAGUCUCCACUUCAGGGGAGAAGAAGUUUGUUUUUAUCUCUUGAAGGGAAGGGAUGUCUAUAUUUGACUGACUGAUUUUACUAUGGACUCAUGGGUAUUUUAUUCUUUAAGUGAUCAGUGCGCUCAGUUAAUUUUCCUUCCCAUGAUCUGUUUCUACAUCUUUACAUCUUAUUGUGCUGAGUACAGCGGUAUUAGGUUUUAUUACCACCUGUUUGCUUCUCCCAUUUCCCAAACAGAUAGAUUCAGUUUUGCAGUACUGGCUAACCUUAAGGUCAUUUUCAUAGACACAUUUUGAUGAUGCACUGUGGGAGGAGAAAUCAUAACGCAAAACUUCUUGUCAGCAGAUUGGCGAAUUUACCUGAGAAAUUGAGACUCAAGAUUAUGAGACUGUGUGACUAGGACCGAAAGCAGAUUUCCAGGUGGAAUCUUUGAAGUUUUUAAAAGAUGAUGAUAAUCAGAUCUACUUGAAAAAUUAACUGAAUUGAUUUGGUUGGAAUACUUUUUUGUUUGUUAAUCGAUUCUUUAACAUUCAGCCACUAGUAAUGAUUUGAGGUCAUCAAAACCUGUGAUAGAUGCCUGCUAAUGAACGUAUUUAUUCCCAGAAGUUGUGCACAAGUUUCUACGGGAGAGUUGGCGUCUUGCAAAGCAGACAGUUGUGAUGCACUGUUCUAAUAUGAAGAUAACAGGAAGCGUCAGGACAAUCAUGCCCUUGAGAACUUUAAACUCUUCAGGUCAUUUUGUCUUAGUGAAACUGGUGAUUGAACUUUGCUGUAGUUGAUGGGCAAAAUUUCUCCUAGACUAUCCAUCAUCCCAAUUUCGUUUUAGUAGAAAAUAUUCAAAUGCCAUAAGAUAUCUUUAUAUAUUUGCACUUAACCUUUGGAUGGACAUUUCUGCAAUGGAGAGAACUGUGUUAUAGCCCUGGUCCAAGGACAUCACCAUCUAAUGCCCACUGACUACAGCGUGGGCAUACAAGUUUCCAAAGAGAAGGAGCAAUCACUGAAUUUGCAGAUACCCUGGAACAUGGAAGCAGCCAAGCUUUAAAAAAGCACAGCUUUGGAGACACUCCAUGAGUCUGCACGGCUUUCAAGCAAACUAGCACUUAAGACCUUGCAUCACAAAAUGGACACUGGGGACACAGCUCUAGGACAAAACGCUACCUCAAGGUCUGGAGAAACUGAUAAAGCAUCAGGUAGAUGGAGACAGGAACCAUCAGCUGUAAUUAAGAUGAGCACUUUCGGCAGUCAAGAAGGACAGCGGCAACCACAAAUAGACCCUGAGCAAAUUGGAAACACAGCAUCAGCACAACUGUUUGGUUCUGGGAAGCUAGCCUCAGCUGGAGAAGGGGUGCAGCAAGUCGCAGAGAAGCAGUACCCACCGCCCCGCCCCAGUCCUUAUGCAUGCCAACAUUCACUCUCUUUCCCGCAGCACUCAUUGCCACAGGGGGUCCUGCACAGCAACAAGCCCCAUCAGAGCCUCGAAGGCCCUCCGUGGCUCUUCCCUGGCCCUUUGCCAUCUGUCGCCUCCGAGGACUUAUUUCCCUUUCCUAUCCAUGGCCACAGUGGUGGUUAUCCUAGAAAAAAGCUUUCAAGUCUGAACCCUGCUUAUAGCCAAUACUCCCAGAAAAGUAUCGAACAGGCAGAAGAUGCUCACAAGAAAGAGCACAAACCCAAAAAGCCCGGCAAAUACAUUUGCCCUUACUGCAGCAGGGCGUGUGCCAAACCAAGCGUACUGAAAAAACACAUCAGGUCCCAUACUGGGGAGAGGCCAUAUCCAUGUAUACCUUGUGGUUUCUCUUUCAAGACAAAGAGCAAUUUGUACAAGCACAGGAAGUCACAUGCCCAUGCAAUUAAGGCAGGAUUAGUACCUUUCACAGAGUCAGCUGUAUCUAAAUUGGACCUGGAGGCUGGUUUUAUUGAUGUAGAAGCAGAAAUACAUUCAGAUGGUGAACAGAGUACAGACACAGAUGAGGAGAGUUCUUUGUUUGCCGAAGCUUCUGAGAAAAUGAGCCCCGGCCCACCCAUCCCGCUGGACAUCGCCAGCAGAGGCGGCUAUCAUGGGUCCUUGGAAGAAUCGUUGGGAGGUCCAAUGAAGGUGCCGAUUUUGAUUAUCCCCAAAAGCGGGAUCCCUCUACCGAAUGAGAGCUCUCAGUAUAUUGGCUCUGAUACGCUUCCAAAUCCGUCCUUAAAUACGAAGGCUGAUGACUCUCACACGGUUAAACAGAAACUUGCACUAAGACUGUCGGAGAAAAAAGGACAUGAUUCUGAGCCCUCUCUCAACCUUCUGAGCCCGCACAGUAAAGGAAGCACUGAUUCUGGUUACUUUUCUCGCUCAGAAAGUGCAGAGCAGCAAAUAAGCCCCCCCAACACAAAUGCAAAGUCUUACGAAGAAAUCAUCUUUGGAAAAUACUGUCGGCUUAGCCCGAGAAAUGCACUCAGUGUUACACCCCCGAGUCAGGAGCGUGCCAGCAUGGGCAGGAAGGGCCUGAUGGAACCAUUACCUCAUGUCAACACCAGGUUAGACAUCCAGGUGUUUGAGGAUCCCGUCUCACAGCUGAUCCCCAGCAAGGGAGACGUUGACCCCAGUCAGACGAGUGUGCUGAAAUCCGCUAAGUUCAACAGUGAGUCCAGACAGCCCCAGACGAUUCCAUCAUCUGUCAGGAAUGAAGAAAAGCUUUACCCGGGACAUUUCCAAGGCAGCAACCCAGUUCUCUUAGAAGCUCCUGUAGACGCUUCACCCCUUAUUAGAAGCAAUUCAAUGCCAACUUCUUCGGCAACUAAUUUAAGUAUUCCUCCUUCCUUGAGAGGGAGCCAUUCCUUUGAUGAAAGGAUGGCGGGCUCUGACGACGUGUUCUAUCCUGGCACCGUGGGCAUCCCCCCUCAGCGCAUGUUAAGACGACAAGCAGCGUUCGAGUUGCCUUCGGUACAGGAAGGGCACGUGGAGGUGGAGCACCAUGGCGGCAGGAUGUCCAAGAGUGUCACUGGCUCAUCCUUGAAGGAGAAGAAAUUGGCUCCUGGGGAUAGGGUUGGGUAUGACUAUGAUGUCUGCCGGAAACUCUACAAGAAGUGGGAAGACUCGGAGACACCAAAGCAAAGUUACAGGGACAUUUCCAGCUUAAGUUCUUUAAAACACGGUGGAGAAUACUUCAUGGAUCCCAUGGUACCACUGCAGGGUGUGCCAACCAUGUUUGGGACCACGUGUGAAAAUAGAAAACGCCGGAAAGAGAAGAGCGUGGGAGAUGAAGAGGACACCCCCAUGAUUUGUAGCAGUGUUGUGAGCACUCCUGUGGCCAUGAUGACUUCAGAUUAUGACCCCAAGUUGCAGAUGCAGGAAGGAGUAAGAAGUGGAUUUGCCCUGGCUGGGCACGAGAACCCUUGCCAUGGUCACCCUGAGCGUUUUGACCUGUGUCGGCCCCCGCUGCAGUCUGGAAGUCCAUCUCUUGGGUCAGAAGAGUCACCGUCAGCCACAGAUUCAGACAAGGUGUCAGACGUAGGGGGCAGGAAACCCCCUGGAAAUGUGAUUUCUGUGAUCCAGCACACAAAUUCCCUAAGCCGACCCAAUUCAUUUGAAAGGUCCGAGUCAGCCGAGCUGGUGGCUUCCACACAGGAUAAAGCCCCUUCACCUUCUGAGACUGGUGACAGCGAGGUUUCUGAAGCUCCCGUGAGUCCAGAGUGGGCUGCAGCCGGAGACGGUGCAGACGGUGCGGGGAAGCCUUCGCAGGUCCCGCAGGUGCAGCAGCAGUCCUACCACGCGCAGCCCAGGUUGGUCCGCCAGCACAACAUUCAGGUUCCGGAGAUUCGAGUGACGGAGGAGCCCGAUAAACCUGAGAAGGAGAAAGAAGCCCAGAGUAAAGAGCCAGAGAAGCCUGUGGAGGAAUUCCAGUGGCCCCAGAGGAGCGAGACCCUCUCCCAGCUCCCCGCUGAGAAGCUGCCGCCCAAAAAGAAGCGUUUGCGACUCGCAGACAUGGAGCACUCCUCAGGGGAGUCCAGCUUCGAAUCCACAGGCACAGGCCUCUCUCGCAGCCCCAGCCAAGAAAGCAACCUGUCCCACAGCUCCAGUUUCUCGAUGUCUUUCGAAAGAGAAGAAACCGUUAAGCUCACAGCGCCUCCUAAGCAGGAUGAGUUCGGGAAGCAUUCAGAGUUUCUGACCGUCCCUGCUGGUUCCUACUCGCUGUCUGUUCCAGGCCACCACCACCAAAAGGAAAUGCGGCGCUGCUCAUCAGAGCAGAUGCCUUGUCCUCACCCAACGGAGGUCCCAGAAAUUCGCAGCAAAUCGUUUGAUUAUGGGAAUCUGUCCCACGCUCCUGUGGCCGGAGCUCCGGCCUCAGUGUUGUCGCCGUCCCGGGAGAGAAAGAAAUGCUUUCUGGUGCGCCAGGCCUCUUUCAGCGGCUCCCCAGAAAUCGCCCAGGGCGAGAGUGGCGUGGACCCCAGCGUGAAGCAGGAACAGAUGGAACAGCUGCAGGCCGGCCUCAGGGCCACAUGGCACCAUGGCCCGUCCUCUGGGCUCCCUCCUCUUCCAGGGGAUGACCCAGGAAAGCAGGUGGUGGCUCCUUGUGCUCAGUUGAGCUCCGGGCCACACCACCUCGCCCAGCAGCAGAUCAUGCACAUGGACAGUCAGGAAUCUCUGAGAAAUUCUCUGAUACAACCAAUGUCCUAUAUGACAAGCAAGCACUUACCUGAGCAGCCUCCCUUGUUUCCACAUCAAGAGACUAUUCCAUUUUCUCCCAUCCAGAAUGCCUUGUUUCAGUUUCAGUAUCCCACCGUGUGUAUGGUUCAUUUACCUGCUCAGCAGCCUCCCUGGUGGCAGGCACAUUUCCCACCUCCGUUUGCCCCACACCCUCAGAAGAGCUACAGCAAGCCCUCUUUCCAGACAGAAAUUCAUUCUAGCUAUCCCCUAGAGCACAUCGCCGAGCACACGGGAAAGAAAUCUGCUGAUUAUGCACCCACAAAAGAGCAAACUUACCCGUGUUAUUCGGGAACAUCAGGGCUACACUCAAAGAACCUUCCUCCAAAAUUUCCACCGGACCCGAGUGGUAAGUCAACUGAAACUCCCUCUGAGCAGGUUCUUCAAGAAGAUUUUGCCUUGGCAAAUGCUGGGCCUUUGCAAUCCUUACCGGGAACGGUGGUGCCCGUUCGGAUCCAGACACACGUUCCGUCCUAUGGAAGUGUCAUGUACACAAGCAUUUCUCAGAUACUUGGGCAGAACAGUCCUGCCAUUGUCAUAUGCAAGGUCGAUGAGAAUAUGACUCAAAGAACACUGGUAACCAAUGCAGCCAUGCAAGGAAUAGGUUUUAACAUUGCCCAGGUGCUGGGGCAGCAUGCAAGCUUGGAAAAAUACCCGAUUUGGAAAGUACCUCAGACCUUACCCCUUGGCUUAGAAUCCUCCAUCCCCUUAUGUUUACCGUCCACCUCAGACAGCGCUGCCACCCUUGGAGGUAGCAAGCGAAUGCUUUCUCCAGCCAGCAGCUUGGAGCUCUUCAUGGAAACCAAGCAGCAGAAGAGGGUCAAAGAAGAAAAGAUGUAUGGACAAAUCGUGGAGGAACUGAGUGCCGUGGAGCUAACCAACUCAGACAUCAAAAAGGACCUCUCCCGCCCCCAGAAACCCCAGCUGGUUCGACAAGGAUGUGCCUCUGAGCCAAAGGAUGGCUUGCAGUCGGGGUCAUCUUCCUUCUCCUCCCUGUCGCCCUCCUCGUCUCAAGACCAUCCAGCUGUCAGUGCACCCUCCAGGGAGCCAUUCCCACCCAGCAGGGAGAUGCUUCCGGGUUCCAGGGCAGCCGCUGUGGGGCGUAAGUGCAGUGGACCUUCAGAUAGCAGAGAGUCCUCCGAUGAGUUAGAUAUCGAUGAGACAGCAUCGGACAUGAGCAUGAGCCCUCAGGGCUCGUCCUUGCCCGCAGGAGAUGGUCAGCAGGAAGAGGAGGGGAAGGGCUCGAAGCUGCCCAUUGGCAUGCUGGUCCACAUGGCCUCUGGUCCCAGUGGCAACAUGGCCAACUCCACUCUUCUUUUCACGGACGUGGCAGAUUUCCAGCAGAUUCUUCAGUUCCCCAGUCUGCGGACAACAACUACUGUGAGCUGGUGCUUCUUGAAUUAUACAAAACCCAACUUUGUGCAGCAGGCCACCUUCAAAUCCUCGGUUUAUGCUUCAUGGUGCAUUAGUUCCUGUAACCCAAACCCAUCGGGAUUGAACACCAAGACCACUCUGGCUCUUCUGAGGUCCAAGCAAAAAAUCACCACAGAAAUUUAUACCCUGGCUGCCAUGCAUCGGCCGGGAACGGGCAAGCUGACUUCAUCAAGUGCUUGGAAACAGUUUUCUCAGAUGAAACCUGAUACAGCCUUUUUAUUUGGCAGCAAACUAGAAAGGAAACUAGUGGGAAGUAUCUUAAAGGAAAGAGGGAAAGGAGAUAUGCAUGGAGAUAAGGAUAUUGGAUCCAAACAAACUGAGCCAAUCCGAAUUAAAAUCUUUGAAGGAGGGUAUAAAUCAAAUGAAGAUUAUGUAUAUGUCAGAGGACGUGGACGUGGAAAGUAUAUUUGUGAAGAAUGUGGGAUUCGCUGCAAGAAGCCAAGCAUGCUGAAAAAACACAUCCGCACUCAUACUGAUGUUCGGCCUUAUGUAUGCAAGUUAUGCAAUUUUGCCUUCAAAACGAAAGGAAACCUAACAAAGCAUAUGAAGUCGAAGGCACACAUGAAAAAAUGCCUGGAGUUGGGAGUCUCAAUGACAUCUGUGGAAGAUACAGAAACUGAAGAAGCAGAAAAUAUGGAGGAUUUGCACAAGGCAGCUGAGAAGCAUAGCAUGUCCAGCAUUUCAACUGAUCAUCAGUUCUCAGAUGCUGAGGAAUCAGAUGGUGAGGAUGGAGAUGAUAAUGAUGAUGAUGAUGAAGAUGAUGAUGACUUUGAUGACCAAGGAGAUUUGACUCCAAAAACGAGAUCAAGAAGCACUAGUCCUCAGCCUCCGAGAUUCUCCUCCUUGCCUGUGAAUGUUGGUGCCGUGGCCCAUGGAGUUCCUUCAGAUAAUUCCCUGGGGCAUUCUUCAUUGAUCAGUUAUUUGGUUACUUUGCCAAGUAUUCAAGUGACUCAGCUUAUGACACCCAGUGACUCAUGUGAAGAUACUCAGAUGACAGAAUACCAGAGGCUGUUUCAGAGCAAAAGUACAGACUCGGAACCAGACAAGGACAGGUUAGACAUCCCUAGUGGUAUGGACGAGGAGGGCAUGCUGUCUUCAGAGCCAAGCUCCUCUCCAAGGGACUUCUCACCCUCAAGUCGCCAUUCCUCACCAGGAUAUGACUCGUCACCCUGUCGAGAUAAUUCACCAAAGAGGUAUCUGAUACCCAAGGGAGAUUUAUCACCUAGGAGACAUUUAUCCCCGAGGAGAGAGCUGUCACCCAUGAGGCAUCUUUCACCAAGAAAAGAAGCUGCAUUGAGAAGAGAGAUGUCCCAGAGAGAUAUUUCACCAAGAAGGCAUUUGUCCCCAAGGAGGCCAGUGUCUCCUGGGAAAGACAUCACGGCAAGAAGAGACCUGUCUCCUAGAAGAGAGAGGAGAUACCUGACUACCAUAAGAGCACCAUCUCCCAGAAGGGCUUUAUACCAUAACCCGCCAUUGUCCAUGGGGCAGUAUUUGCAAGCAGAGCCAAUUGUACUGGGGCCUCCCAAUCUAAGAAGAGGAUUACCUCAGGUUCCUUACUUCAGUCUCUAUGGAGACCAAGAAGGUGCUUAUGAACAUCAAGGCUCCAGCCUUUUCCCUGAGGGUCCUAAUGACUAUGUCUUCAGUCAUCUUCCACUUCACUCUCAGCAACAAGUGCGAGCUCCUAUCCCCAUGGUGCCAGUUGGUGGGAUCCAAAUGGUUCACUCCAUGCCGCCGGCCCUUUCUGGUUUACAUCCUCCACCCACAUUGCCUCUGCCAGUGGAGGGCUCUGAGGAAAAGAGAGCAGCUCCAGGGGAGUCCUUCUCAAAGGAUCCCUAUGUGCUUUCCAAAGGGCAUGAGAAGCGAGCGCCUCACGUGUUACAGUCUUCUGGUCUACCGAGCACUCCCUCCUCUCCUCGUCUACUGAUGAAACAGAGCACUUCGGAAGACAGCCUGAAUGCCACAGAGAGGGAACAAGAGGAGAAUAUACAGACUUGCACAAAAGCCAUUGCCUCUCUCCGGAUUGCCACAGAAGAGGCAGCUCUGCUUGGGGCAGAUCAGCCAGCACGGGUGCAGGAGCCCCUCCAGAAACCCUCAGAAAGUGCACACGUUAGCAUUAGACACUUUAGUGGACCUGAGCCAGGUCAGCCCUGUACCUCAGCUCCGCACCCUGACUUGCAUGAUGGUGAAAAGGACACUUUUGGGACAUCACAGACUGCGUUAGCUCACUCCACAUUUUACGGCAAGAGUUGUGUGGACGAGAAACAGUCGGACUUCCACAGCAGUAAGGGGUUGUCUUCAAGCACAGAGGAGGGAAAAGAACCUUCAUCAGAGAAAAGCCCGCUUCAUUGAUCUGAGAUGCAUGGGAACUUUCAUUUCCACCUUUCCCCAUUUUUUUGUUUAUGUUUUUCUAGAGGUAGAGGUAAUCAACUUUGUAGCAUGCCUGUCCUAAGUUACAGUAGUUUGCUGUUAUAUAUACUUUUGUUAUAUCAAAAGAAUUAGGUAAAUUAACAAGUCAUCUUGAGCCUGACCAAAACAAAAUUUGAAAUUAACCUAUUGGGUCUGGUACUUUUAAAAUUGUACAGAUGUCUGUGCCUUUUCUUUACUUUGCUUAUAUUCUUAUAAGCAUUUUUUAGCAGUAAUUUGUACAUAUUUUAGAAUUUGUGUAUCUGCUUUGUAAUAAAUGUAAUUUCUUUCCUUUUUUGGACACUUGGAUCUAAAUGAUGUAAAGCAAAACAGCAUCAAUAUAUAUGUGAGGUUGCACUAAAACAUAUUUUUAUAUGAUUAAAACUGAACAGCUUUUAUGUACAGCUCUGAUUCUGUAAUACUAAUAUUUAUUUACUUUGUUUCAUAAAUUGUACAUUUUUUCUUAAUGUUGUGGAUUGCUUUUCUAUGUGAAGCAUGGGAUUUACUGUUGCGUAACUAGAACAAAAAUGUACAUUGUAAACAAGAUAUUUAAACUAGAGUAUCUUAUUCUGCACUUAUGCAUUAGUUAAAAAAAAGAUAAAGGGUGUAUCAGUCAGUUCUUAACUCUUGUAAAUUUUUUUGUCUCUUGUUUGCUGGAUUGACCAUAACUUAAGUGCUGAUUGUGAUUUUAAACUGAUAGUACCGUAAAGCAUUAAAGUAAACAACGUGCUAUUGUGAGUUUUUUCAAAGCUUUAUAAAUCAGUUAUAAAUAAUAUUAAAAGUAUUUGGUCUUAUGUGAACAUGUUGAUCUAUAUACUCAUCUAAAAAUAUGGGAAAACAUUCCACCCCAUGUAAAUAUGUACAAGUGCAUCACUGGUACAAUUUUAUGUAACUCAGUUGGACACUAGGUUGCCACAGACCUAUGCUAGGGUGUCUUUAAAAAUUAAAGUGACAAAGCACAUGGGACUGUGUAGAGCUUGGUUAUCGGCCGGCCCGGUGGCUUGGCCGGCAGUGCUGGGCGCUGCCGGUGGAGGAGACCUGGGCUUAGAAGGCUCCUUGGUUCUUGCUGCACAGGAUGGUGACUGGAACCAAGUCUCCACAGAGGGGUUGUGCGUGGACUGAGGGUUGGGUGUGGAAGCAGAGAAGGGGGAUGGAGAUCGGCUCCCCAGCUCUUCCCGACAGCCCAUCCACAAGGUAACAGGGUUAACAUCAGCACUGGGGGUGUCACCUUCUCCUUCUGAACGAGGGAAGUGUGUCACACUCCUGGCUGUCUCAGGGGGAACUGGGAAAAGAAGCCUUCCAGGGAGAAGAACUCGUGGGAGGACGAUGAUGUUUGUAACGCUCCGGAUGGCUGUUGGUUGGUGUUGAACGCGGGAAGAGCCUGUGUAGGUCCAGAAGAGCAGAGAGGGAGGGGGACAAGGGCAUGUGCACAUGCACACACACACAAUCUGGGUUAUCUUUGUGCUAUAUGGUGGAUUCUAAUUCUGUGAAACCAAGUUUGUAUAUUGAAUUACAUUAAGGAGUGUUCUUUAAAAAGAGAAAUAAAUAUACAAUUACAUGCG